CGCGAUGGUCUCUGUGCUGCAGAUCGCUCGCUGAAAAGGCGACGCUGUCAGGGAAACACACAUGCAGAAAGAAGGGGUCCCACAUUUCUGGAGUGCCCUCCAUUCCUGCUAGCUGGUGAUGCAAAAAAUCACUCCUCUGCGUAUCUCCAGCGCCGGAUUUCUCAUGUGUCGCUGUUGAAACCGAAAUCUGAAGAGCGAGAGAGAGGAGAAUUUUAAAAAUCAAUAUAGGACGAGAAAAAAAACGCCGACCACCAACAGUGGAGCACAUUGAAACGAGGGAGAAGAUCCAGAGUGAACAGCUGUAUUGACCGAUGAGCAUCAGUGGAUGAUAACCGAGCUUUCAACAAGUACGGCGAUAUUUGCAAUAUGUGAGAGCGGAGAACAGAACCAGCUAUGCCUCUGGUGAAGAGGAGCAUCGAGCCGCGGCACUUGUGCCGGGGCGCUCUGCCAGAGGGCGUAACCAGUGAACUUGAGUGUGUCACCAACAGCACACUGGCAGCAAUCAUAAAGCAGCUCGGCAGCCUGAGCAGGCAUGCGGAAGACAUAUUUGGGGAGUUGUUCAAUGAGGCCAACAGCUUCUACAUGCGGAUGAACAGUCUGCAGGAAAGAGUGGACCUCCUGGCUGUGAAGGUCACACAGCUGGACUCCACUGUGGAGGAAGUGUCCCUUCAGGACAUCAACAUGCGGAAGGCCUUCAAGAGCUCUACCAUUCAGGACCAGCAAGUGGUUUCCAGGACGUCCAUCCCAAACCCUGUCAUGGAACGCUAUCAGGACUGCGACAAGCCCCCGCCCCUCAACAUCCUCACCCCAUACCGGGAUGACAAGAAGGAUGCUCUCAAGUUCUACACGGAUCCAUCUUACUUCUUUAACCUGUGGAAGGAGAAGAUGCUGCAGGCCACUGAGGACAAGAGGAAGGAAAAGAGGAGGCAGAAGGUGAGGGAGCAAAAGCAAGUGGAGGACCCAAGUCGCGAGGUUAAGAAAGUGCGUAAAGCACGGAACCGGCGGCAGGAGUGGAACAUGAUGGCGUACGACAAGGAGCUGCGUCCGGAUACGCACUUCACACCAUCGCCCUACCACGGGAUGUCCUCAGAGGGCUCCCUCUCACCCGACAGCAGGUCUGUGGCCUCGGAUGUGGGUGACCGGUCCUACCCUGCCAGCCCCAACCACCCUGCCCAGCAGGCCGGUGCCUCUGGCGCCCACUCAGUAACGGAGGGCAGAGAAAUGUUGACGGCCCCCUCCCAGACCCAGUCGCUGGACCGCCCCUUCCGUCCGGCUGGCACCGCCCCCAGCGGCAGGCAGAACUCCCUGGGCCGCGUGCAGCCCCCCCACGCUGCCCCGCCUGUGGACUCUGCCCUCAACGGCCCCCGCUCACAAGCGGUCAAAGAUUACGGCAGUCAGCAGAUGCCCAUGCCAGAGUACUUCGUACCCCCAGCCCCUCCCCCACCACCACCCCUCAUCCCGUCCGCCCAGACAGCCUUCGACAGCCCGGCGACACCCCCCGCCUUGCCCCCCAACGCGGUGGCUGCCAUGUCCCGCCCAUACACCCCAUCUCCCCCUCCGCCUCCCGCCUCCUACGUCCCAUCUCCUUCCCACCCACCCUCUGGCGGCCCACCCAUGGCCCCCCCACCCCCGCCACCUGGGCCCCCAACCCACGCCUUCUCUCCAGCCCGCGCCGUGGUCCCGCCUGCUGGUGAGCCAGUGCCCAGGAAGGGCCAGGUGCCGCUGAUCCCUAUGAGUGAUGCCCGCAGCGACCUGCUGGCCGCCAUUCGCAGAGGCAUCCAGCUGCGGAAGGUGCAGGAGCAGCGUGAGCAGGAAGCUAAGAAGGAGCCAGUGGGCAACGAUGUGGCCACCAUCCUGUCACGCCGCAUCGCCGUGGAGUACAGCGAGUCAGACGACGACUCGGAGCUGGACGAGAAUGAAUGGUCCGACUGAGGAAGACGAGCUGGCGCAGGGAGAGGAAGAGGCCGGGCCUGCGCAUAGCAAGACCUGCUGCGGCCGGUUCUGAGCUGCUCUCACAUUACCACCUACUCUGUUAACACUCUUAUAACUCAGAGGGGAGAAGGGGGGGGUCCAGGCAGACUCAUGCACCUGCACUCUCAAAGACAUUCCUAUAUACACUCACACUAACAACACUGACGCAAACAGUCUCAGGCGGGAGAUGGAAUAGGCAGUAGCUGAGAUAUUAGGGCGCCCUCUAGUGGAAAUAUGAGGGUGAGCAAGAUCCAUUUAACACCAGACAUGUUCUGUUGAUGUGUAUAUCGUAUACAGUAUUUAUGGUUAAAACAUCCAGGUUCUGCCGGACAAGUCCAAGUCAGCUGCUAAGUAAAGGGCACAAAAUCCACGAUCAUGUCCAAAAUUUAGGCAACGUCCACCAUCCUCCCGAGAGACCCCCUACCCUCCUCAAAUAAGUUUUGUCCUAUUAAAGUGACCUCAUUCCGCAUCCCAAUGUCGAGCCGUUUUGGUGGUUCCCCAGUCGCGGUUUAAUUUACAGCUGCCUAUACAUACCAAUACAACGAAGGCGUCGGCGAUUUCACGCCUGCACAUUUGUAAACCAGCCAAACAUCGACUGUACUGAAUGAGUCCGAAAACCUUUUGAGAUCGUCGCAGUGCUUAUGUAUAAAGCAUCCAGCUCGAACAAUCCUCACACAUCCGCUCAUGCGAGAGCAGCAGGGGAAGCUGUCAGAUGAGGACUAAGUACAUUUACGAUAAGAUUAAAUCUCUGUGUGUGCGUGUACAUGUGUGUCCAUCAGGAAACGAUUACUUAAUUAUUUAAUCAAUAUAAAGCACAAACUGUCUCGAACGCGUUCUGCCUACGUACCAAACAAAAAGAGGAAAGGCCCCGCUACCCCGGUGUUGUGUAAUUGGGCACGCGGUAUAUCCAUUCCCACCAAAAAAAUGCUUUAUAAGUGUGUGCUAGCGGAGCGCCGAUGCCCAGCAUGUUAAAACAUCGAUUUUUAGGUUUAAUAAUAAAGGGCGGAUAAACAUGCGGUGGCUCUGUAAAGCUAGAAUUUCUGCAAUCACACGGCUAACAUUUAAUGUAAGUACACUGGUCACGAACCUAUAUGUAAAUAUGUACACAGGGCUGCCAUUUAACAGUUCUUCGGUGACUUUCGAUGCCCCGUUUUUUCCUUUAUUUCAGUAUCGGCUAAGAUGUAUUUCUCUGUGCGUCUCGGACAGUGACGGUGAGGCUUAAGCCGGGGCAGGGGUCUGAAUCUCCGUUUUCGUCGUCGUUGUUUUAGUGCCGCCGGGAUGUGUGAGAACUGGGACAGUGCAACUUCCAACUUUACUACUGAAUUUACUCAUCAACAACUGAGAUGUCUGUUUGGCCUGCAUUUAGUAAGUAUAUUUUGUGUUUUAAAUGAGCCGUUGUAUAGAUUUUUGGUAAGACUGCUUGUAAAGUACCUUUAUCUGAAGAACAAACGUGUAUGUAUCCAUGGAGCAAAAUAUAGGUGAUUAUGCAUGUGCGGAAUACUAAUAAAACUAUGGAAACAAAAA